UUGAUCUGUCAAAAUAGAAGAAAAAAACCACAUGGUUAGGGUUGGUAUUUAAACAUGGAUAUGGAAAAGCAGGCUGAAUCUGAAAUACCUGUAGAAACCGAAGAAAAACCCAAAAAGAAAUUAGUGAGAACCGUCUUGGAUAACUUUUCCAAGUUAUCCAAUCCCCACGAAAAUGUGAGAGUGAAAAGUGCAGCGAAUCUUCUCAAAUACCUCGUGGAAAACAGUGCAACAGAAGAAGGUUCAAAUGAGCUAAGUUAUGCUUUAAAAAGACUUGUGAGAGGUUUAGGUGCUUCUACGCCCAUUGCAAGGGCGGGUUAUUAUAGUUUAUUAGUAGCAAUACUACAAUCAAAACUCGAUGUUCAUCCAGAUAAAAUUUUGGAGAUUUCCAAGACAGAACUGCACAAAUCUGGAAAAAAUAGCGAUGGUGAAAAUGCUGAUAUUUACACAGGACAGAUUUUGGCAUGUGGUGCUAUCAUCAAAGCAAACUUAUGGAAUAACAUAGGAGUAGAAAAUAAAAAAGAAAUAUUGCAGAUUCUUUUAAAUGCCUGCAAGGAGAGAAGCUAUUUAGGGUUAUUUGGAUACAGCUUUAUUGUAGAACUUUUGAAUUUGGUACCUGAAAUUGGGACAGAUUCAGAAUUCAUAAUGCAAAUUCAAAACGAAGUGGCAAAACCAUGGGCCGAACAAACUUUGGAUUCACUCUAUUUGUUAAUAAAACUCAGAUCAGCCAGUCCUAAAAUUUUCAAUAAGAAAUUUGUAAAAAAAUCUUUGGAAACACCUGAAAUAAUUUGCGAAGAAAGCUUGGAAAAUUUAUGCAAUAUCCUUAUGACAAUUCCAAGAGUAACAUCAUUAAAACAUCCAAUUUAUGAUGUCAUAGUAGAUUAUCUAAAUCCUACUAUACUGCCAAGUUUCUUCAAUGAACUAGACAAUCACUUGAAAACUCCUAACCGUAACCGGCUUCUAGUAUUCAUAAAAAUAUUAACCAACACCUUAAUGCAAACUAUAAAAUCUGAAGAAUAUUUUAGUCAAAUAGCAGCAUUAUUCACAAGAAACUUCAUAAUACAACUACUUGGAUAUUUUAGAACAUUCAAAGGCAAACAGAAAGACAAAGAAUAUCAUGAUGCCAUACAAAAACUAUUCACAAAACUGGUAGAACUUUUCAACAAAGAAACUAUAAAAUCAACAGUUAAAAUUGCAAUAAUCAAAAAACUGCUAUUUGAUCCAGGAACUUUUGUCUUUGAAAAAGUAACUAAAAGCAAAGUAGUUCAGCAAAUAACUUUAAGUUUAGACUCACAAGGAGUGAACGAUUUAGCCUUAGUCUAUCGAGGGGUUGCCGAUGGAACUGAAACCAUUAAUUCUGAAAACGAAAGUGAAACUUGGCUGAAUAAUGACAGGCUAUACAGUGCUCAUUUGCUCAUUAAAUUGCUGAGUUUACCUGCUAUGAGACAAGAAAGCGAUUGGAAAGUUGAUCAGUUGAGGUUUUUGAUGGAAAUUUCAUUGCUCAGGCAAUCGAGUGGGAUGAAUGUUGGAAGAGAAUUGGCAGAAUCCUUAAAAACAGCAUUCUUUGGCGCUCUAGACCUAAAACUAUCAAAACUAGAAGACUUGCACUUGAUCCUGUUCAAACUGGUACAAUCAUUGGAUGAAAAGAUUAACACUGAAAACCUGGAAAUCCUUUUGAGAACGCCAGUCACUAACGAAACAUAUGAGUUGUGGCAGAAAACCCUCAAAACCGUAAAGAAAAUUGAGAAAAAGCAAAAAAAGAGCGGCAUAACUUCGGUAUUUUUAACAUUAUUUUUACACAUGGGUCUACAAUUGUUCAACGAUGUCAAAUUGGCUACAGAUUCUUUAAAUGAAUUGUUUAGUUGUUAUGAAAGAGUGAAAAAAGAUAAGAAAGCCAAACACGCCUUGGAUAAUACAGUCCUAGAAAAAUCCCUUGUAGAAUCCGAAGAUGAUCCUUAUUGGGUUGAAGUAGUAGUUGAUUUAUUUUUGAAUCUUCUAUCCCACAAUUCACAUCUUUUGCGAAGCAUUAUCAGUAGUGUCUUUCCUCAUUUAUGCAAAUAUAUGACUUCUAGUACAAUUAGUCAAAUAUUAAGCGUUUUAGAUUCUAAAGACGAUGAAAAUCCUUUGUCCAAAAAUGAUGAUGCAAGUUCUGAAUCAGAGGAUGAUGAACAGGAUGAAUCAGGUUCUGAGGAGGAGUCUGACCAAGAAGAAAAUGGUGAAGAUGUUGAAGCAGAAGAAGAUGAUGAUGAUGAUGAUGAAUCUGAUGAUGACACAGCUAGAGGGAAACUAAGAAUGGCUCUACACCAAGCUUUAUCAAACGGUACAAAUGAAUCAGAUGAUGAAAGUAUAGAUUUGGAUCAAAUGAGUGAUACAGAAGGUGAAAAACUUGACAAGGCCCUUGCAGAAGCUUUCAGACAAUUUAGACCAAAUCAUGGUAAAAGAAAGAAGCAAACUAAAGACCAAGAAACUUUAACACAUUUCAGAGUAAGGGUACUGGAUUUAAUUGAAAUUUAUUUAGACUCGAACCCAUCUAUGCUACUAGCUUUGGAAAUUAUGUUGCCUCUACUUCAAGCAGUUGAAUUUAGUAUUAGAGACGAACAUCAAAAACCAUUAAAUGAUAGAUUAAAAAGUAUUCUGAAGAAAUUGUUGGGUUUGAAAAAGUUUACUGAUAUUGAAGGUGUUACUGAUGGUGUUUUAGUUGAUUUGUUGAAAAGUCUGUUAGAUAAAGGCAAUAAAAACGUUUUGAUAGUCCAAGAAAUGGGAGAGCAAAUUUCAGAUUGUUGCAUUUUUGUUGUAAAAUGUUCAGACAUGCUAAGAAAUGUUGAAGCGACUCCAUCAAAAACUAAAAAGCAUUUAAAAAAUAAAAUUUUGGAAGUUAUUUGUGGGGAAUUGCAUCAGUUUUUCACUCAGAGGGACUCGAUGACUCCCUAUGUACUUUUUAAAAGUCUUUUGCAACUUACCUGGGAAGGAAAUAUGGGCUUGGCAAGUAUUUUAUUAGAUUUCACGUUUAGUUCUGAAAUAAGACAAUUCAAGAAAAACCAAGUGACGGAAUUGUUGAAAAUCUUUUAUUCAAAUCAAAGAUUUUUUAGUCAAUUUAAGAAAAAAGUUGAUAGUAAAAUGGUGGAAGCACACAAGACAUUUUCUUCUAAUGUAAUAAAUUUUUUUAAAGAAUUAUGUGAAGAACCUGAUAAGAGACACAUUAAAGAAAGAUUUAUUUGUAAUUUUUUCACUUUACUUAGCGCCAUGAAAAAUAGCCCAAUGGAGCAAAACAAUAUUUCUUGGUCAGAAAUUGCUACAAAUAUUCGAGAAUACCGAAGUUUUAAGUCAUUUUCCAAAGACGCAAAAAUGGCUUUCAAUAAACUAUGCAGAGUUUUAAAAGUUUCAAAUAUUGUUGCCAUGAAGCAAAAUGUCACUAAACUUGCUACACUGAUUGACAAUGAAGAUGAAGUAGUUUCAAAGGAUGAAGAGAACCAACCCAAAAAGAAACAGAAAAGGAAAAGUAAUGAGACAUUAAAAUUGAAAAAAGAGGCUAAAGAAUUGAGAUUGAAUAGUCUUAGUAAAGGGUUGGGGCAAGUUGAUUUUGAGGAAGCUGUGGAAAUAAAUAUUUCUGAUAUUGAUAGUUCUGCAGAGGAAUCGAAUAAAACAGUCAAAGAUGGGUCAGAUGAAGAGCAGAGUAGCCAUUCAACAAAGAAGAAAAAGAAAAGGAAAACUAGUGAGCAAAUAGAUGGCAAAAACAUACAAAUAAAUGGAUCAAUGGAAGAAUCAAAGCAACAAGAAGGUGAUUCUGCAAACAAAAAGAAGAAGAGGAAAAUGAGCGAGCAAAUAAAUGGUGAACAUAUUAAAUUGAAUAAUUCAGAAUUAAAUAAUGAACAAGAAAGUUACUCUACAAAGAAAAAGAAGAAAAGCAAAACUAGUGAGCAAACAAAUGGGGAUAAUGUCCAAGUAAAUGGUUUACCAGAAAAACCUAUAAAAAAUAAAAAAUUGUUGAAAGAUGGCCUAAAUAUGUCUGUUAAUGAUGCAAACCUAAAUAAAAAGAAGAGAGUAUCAGAAGGGGAGAGUUUUAAGGGAAGAAGAAAGAGUAUAAUGUGAAUAUUUUUAUUUUUAGUUUUUUUUUCAAUAAAUUUGACAUUGAAUAUAAUUGUUUUUUAUAUUUUUAUUUCAUCAAUGACUCAGGUUCAG